GCCCACAGCUUGUAGCAAAUAGCUUGUGAUCGAGCAGGAUGUUUGCAACUUGUGCUUGAGCAAGAUGCUUGCAGCUUGUGUUCCACAUCUUGCAGCUCGUGCUCGAGUAGUGUAUUUGCAGCUCGUGCUCCAACGGGGUCUCGUUCUCCAGCAUUUCACUACUCGUGCACUAGCGGGAAGUUCGCAGCUCAUGCUCCAGCAGGGACUUUGCAGCUUGUGCUCAAGCAGGGAUUUUGUAGCUCGUUCUCUAGCAUUUCAUUGCUCAUGCACUAGCGGGAAGUUCGCAGCUAAUGCUCCAACAGGGACUUUGCAACUUAUCCUUGAGCAGGGAUUUUGUAGCUCGUGUUUGAGCAAGAAUUUCGCAGCUCAUGCUCCAACAAGGAUUUUGCAGCUUGUAGGAACUCUCAUCUUAACUCCUUUUAUUCCAUUGUUCACAUGGAUGUGGAAGUGCCACUUCAAGCCUGCAACUUUUACCAAAAUGCGGGAUAAGGAAGAAAGAAGAGGGAGAUAUACUGAUGUUGUAGAUAUGAGAGGUUUCAAUGACUUUAUCUUGGAUGCAAGCUUGGAGGAAAUACCUAUGGUAGGGAGGAAAUUCACAUGGUACAAAUCAGAUGGAACAGCAAUGAGUAAACUUGACAGAUUUUUAUUCUCCACAGAAUUCCUAAUCAACUUCCCAAACUUGAUCCAGCGAGGUUUUGAUGCUUUUGUUCGUGACAAGUGGAGUAGUUUUGAGAUAGAUGGGUGGGGUUGCUACAAACUAAAAGAAAAAUUGAAGAUGCUAAAAAAGGAGCUGAAAGCCUGGAAUAAAGAAGUCUUUGGAGUCAUUGAUAGAAACAUGGAUGCAGCUAGAGAGGAAAUAAAGCAGUUAGAUGAAAAAGAGGAGAAUGAAGGUCUUACAAGCAUGGAGAUUGAUAAAAGAAAGGAGAACUUUCACAAGUUCAUGGAGUGGAGCAAGGCGAAAGACAACAUACUAUUCCAGAAAUCUAGGCAGAGAUGGUUAAAAGAAGGUGAUGCAAACACAAAGUUCUUCCAUGGUUGCAUUGUCAAUAGAAGGAAGCAAAAUGAAAUCAUAGGCCUUUAUAACAAUGGUGAAUGGAUCGAAGAUGCUGAUGAGGUGAAGGAAUUGGCAAGAAACUACUUCAAAGAUAAAUUUGAAGAAGAAAAGUGGGACAGACCUUCAUUGGGAGAUUUGCAAUUCAAGAAGAUUAGUGAAGCUGAAAACAAUUUUUUAAUCUCCAAAUUCUCUACAGAGGAGAUUGAUGAAGCAGUGUGGGGAUGCAAUGGAGCCAAAAGCCUGGGUCCAGAUGGCUUUAAUUUCAAUUUUAUCAAAAAGGUCUGGCCAGUUAUUAAGGAAGAUGUGUAUGCUUUUUUAGCAGAAUUUCAUGAAAAUGGAAAGCUAGUUAAAGGGAGCAACACUUCGUUCAUUGUCCUGAUUCGUAAAAAGGAAAAUCCUCAGAGUUUUGGGGACUACAGGCCUAUCUCCCUCAUUGGUAGCAUGUACAAAAUAAUCUCUAAAAUUCUCGCUAAUAGGCUGAGAAGGGUGAUGGAUUCGGUGAUUAGCCCUAACCAAACAACUUUUAUAGGAGAAAGACAAAUUAUAGAUGGAAUAGUCAUCACCAACGAGAUUAUUCAUGAAGCAAAGCAAUCAAAGAAACCGACAUUGGUGUUUAAAGCAGAUUUUGAGAAGGCAUAUGACAGUGUAAACUGGGAGUUUUUGGAUAAGAUGAUGGAGAAAUUAGGCUUCUCAACAAAAUGGCGUGCCUGGAUAAAAGAAUGCCUGUCCUCAGCCUCAGUGUCUUUAUUGAUAAAUGGCAGCCCCACUAAGGAAUUUAUAGCAUCAAAAGGAUUGAGGCAGGGCGAUCCUCUUGCUCCUUUUUUAUUUUUAAUGGUUGCAAAAGCCCUCAAUGGGCUAAUUACUAAAGCUGCAGAGGAGAGAUUGUUCGAAGGGGUUGCAAUAGGGGAGAUGAAAUUGAAUAUAACUCAUCUCCAAUUUGCAGAUGACUCCAUCUUGUUUUGUGAGGCUUCAGCUAAAAAUGUAUGGAUGAUUAAAUGCAUCUUAAGGAGCUUCGAAUUGCUAUCUAGCCUGAAAGUGAAUUUCCAUAAAAGUGCUUUGUAUGGAUUUAAUGUAGGAAAGGGGGAAUUAUUGGCUUUAGCUGUGUCACGCCCCAGAACCCAAAUCCGGGGACGUGGAAAACCAGCAGUAGCCGGUGGCAAAGGGGGAGGAAGCAGAGCAGUUCCAGCGGCUUUUUCUGCAAAAGAGAGAGGCUCGGCUCCUUUUAAAUACUUAGGUGUGUUGGUAGGGGCAAACCCAAGGAAAAUAUCUACUUGGAAACCAGUCAUUGAUUGUUUACGGAAAAAGCUAUCCCUGUGGAGAUGUAAUUCACUGUCUUUUGGUGGACGCAUCACUCUACUGAACUCAGUCCUUUCAUGCAUCCCUGUGUAUUACUUCUCUUCAAUUAAGGCUCCCAAACAGGUACUCAACCUUAUUUCUUUAAUCCAAUGCAGAUUUCUUUGGGGAGGGAAUGAGGAAAAUAAGAGGAUCUCUUGGGUUAGUUGGGAUAGAGUCUGUAGAAGUAGAAGAGAAGGUGGAAUAGGGGUCAAAGAUGUUGGGUUGUUUAAUUUAACCUUAUUAGGAAAAUGGAGAUGGAGACUACUACAGGAGAGAGGAACUUUAUGGAGGAAGGUGAUGGAGGCAAAAUACAAACUUACUCUAAAACAUGAGUGGGAGGGGCAAGAAUGGGGAGGUAGGUGCUCACCAUGGUGGAGAGACUUGUGGAAUCUAGAUAGGAACAUUGAGUCUAGGAGAAACUGGGUGAAAGAAGGAAUGUUAAAAUCAGUAGGGGACGGAAGUGAUACUUUGUUCUGGCAUAACAUCUGGGUUGGGGAGAUGCCACUUAAGGAGAAAUACAAUAGAUUAUUUGAGAUCUCUUUAGAUAAGGAGGCUGUCAUUGCAAAAAUGGGUAAUUGGAAUCAAGGGGUGUGGGAAUGGACAUGGAAGUGGAGACGAAAUCUUUUUGCUUGGGAAAAUGAACUUUUGCAAGAAUUAAUCAAGGAACUACAAUCAAUCUCACUAAAACAAGGACAGCAUGAUGCAUGGACUUGGAAAUAUAACCAGGAAGGCAAGUACAUAGUGAAGACAACAUACAAACAUUUAUGUCAACAACACACUACAGGUUCUACUUCUGGCCAAAGGUAUGAUUUGGUAUGGAAUAAAAAUGUUCCUCUCAAAGUGAGUGCAUUCGCAUGGAAAUUAUUGCAAAACAGAAUCCCAACAAAGGACAACUUGACUAGGCGGGGACUGAAAGGCCGAGAUGAUGACAAAUGUGUGCUGUGUGGAGUAGAAGUAGAGAGCGUGGAACAUCUUUUUUUCAAAUGUGAGGUUUCAUGGAGCAUAUGGGCCUCAUGCUAUGACUGGUGGAACCUCAAAACAGUUGGCCAAGGUAAAGGAUGGCUACAUAUUGAGCAGCACACUGGCUUGGUAUCCAGAGGACUCAUGAAGGAAAUGUGGAUAGUAAUCUUGUUUGCAACUAUUUGGUCCAUUUGGCUGUGGCGUAAUCAGAAAAUAUUGAAAGAUGAAGCCGACAGUUGGGAGCGGGUUCUUGAGCUAAUAAAGUUUAGAUCGUUUUACUGGUGCAAAACAACAUUAUGCCCAGAUCUUAUGCAAGACAAAUGGCGCUCCGAACCAAAAGAAGGACACAAGAGAUUGCAGCAAUGAGUUUGAGACUGAUCACCAUGUAAUGGACCAUGGAAAGAGGUUACACGCUAGUAGAAGUAAAGAUUGAUACCUACCUCCUAAAAGGCAAGUAAAUGGUUGUCAAGUUGGUGGCUGAUUACAAUCCAUUUUGCCCGGCAUAUGUAUGGGAUCUUUAAUUGUGAAAGCCUUUAUGUAUUUGCAAUGUAAUGGGUUCGGAGUACCCCCGGUACUUCAUUAAUACAAUAAAUUUUAUUUG